AUGGGGUACGACUUCUUCACGCCUCAGCCUCUUGUCGGCCCGCAGGCUUACUUUUUCCACGCCGUACCGCACGACUGGCAGGAUGCGAACGUGCUUCGUAUGCUUGCGAAUGUCAAGAUUGCGAUGAAGCCGGGCUACUCGAAGUUGCUCAUCUAUGAAGUCGUGUUGCCGGCAAAGAGAGCGACGAGCUUGAUGAUGACGUUGGACUUGCAGUUGAUGAACUGUGUUAGUGGGCUUGAGCCGACGGAGCAGCACUGGAAGGGCCUUUUGGAGAAGGCUGGGUUUGGCAUCAAUAGUGUCUCAAGGCAUCCUAGAGCUGUUCAGAGCGUCAUUGAGGCAGAGCUGGCUUGA